AUGACGCACAAACUCCCCCCAAACCUCUUGGCUCUCUUCGCCGCCCGCCCAGCCCUCCGCUACCUGCCCCCUAACGACCAUGCCCCCGAGGAGCGCAAAACCAACAACAUCGGCGGUGUCGCGCAAUACAUCUCCGCAGUCGAAGAUUACAAAGAGAACAUAUCCUACGAGCCAACGGAAAGCUGGCUGCAGAGGAAGGAUAGGGUAAAGCUGGAGAAGAAGGAGAAGCAGGAGCAAUUGAUCAAAGAAGAACCCGGUGAUGAUCCGAAUGUGAGAGGGGACGCGUUCAAGACGCUUUUCGUAGCGAGAUUGAGCUAUGAUACUACGGAGAAGGAUUUGGAGAGGGAGUUUGGGAGGUUUGGACCUAUUGAGAGGAUACGCAUCGUCACAGACACCUCUCAAGCGGAAGAGAAUGGAAAAUCAAAGAAAAAGAAAAAGGGUCAUCGAGGGUAUGCUUUCGUGGUGUAUGAGCGUGAGAAAGAUAUGAAGGCUGCCUACAAAGAAACCGAUGGUAUCCGCAUCAAAGAUAGACGUGUUCUUGUCGACGUCGAGCGAGGCCGUACAGUCAAAGGAUGGAGACCUCGUCGCCUUGGAGGAGGACUCGGAGGCCGUGGGUAUACCAAAGCUAUGCCGGCUCGACCUGCAGGGGUCGGCGGAAGCCUCGCUGCUCCGGCCGGACCCGGAGGCUUUGGCGGUGGUUUCCGAGGAGGAUUUGGUGGCGCUCCUCGCGGUGGCGGCUUUCGAGGAGGUUUCCGAGGUGGCGACCGCGGCGGCUUUGGUGGUGGAAGAGGUGGGAUUGGAUACCAAGGCGGAAACGGCUUUGGUGGAGGAAGAGGUGGGUAUGGAGGUGGACCGCCCAAUGGCUACGGUAAUGCCCAAGCAGCACCCCCGAAUGCACCUUCUGGCCCUGGCGGAAACCGUGGAGGCUUUGGCAGUGGGCAUGGUAGUCCUCCUGUGAACGGUGGUAUGAACGGCACUCCAACUCCCGUGGAUGGACCUCGUGGUGGGUAUGGUGGUGGUGAGUCGAGACGCAAUGACUUCGACGACAGAUCAUCCUACCGAGGAGGUGGUGGUGGCGGUUACGGUGAUGGCCGCUCAGGAGGUAUCACUGGCAGCAACCGUGAACCGGUAAGACCAAGAGAUGGCGGCGGAUACGGAGACAGAGAUCGAGACCGAAGCUAUGGCGGCGGUGGCGGCGGUCGCGACGAUCGCAAGAGACAGUACGACGGUGAUGGGUAUGAUGAUCCUCGCAAACGAAGGUAUUAG